AUGGAAGCCAGGCUGCUGAACACCAUCUGGCGACUCUUCCUGGUGUACCUGCUGCAGGCAGAGUCUACAAGGGUGGACCUAGUGCCAGAGAAGAUUGCAGGAUUCUGGAAGGAAGUGGCUGUGGCUUCUGACCAGAACCUGGUGCUGAAGACUCAAAGGAGGAUAGAGGGUUUGUUCCUCACCUUCAGUGGGAGGAACAUCACCGUGAAGGCUGUGUACAACAGCUCAGGGAGCUGUAUGACGGAAACAUCAGUGGGCUCAAGAGGAAAUGCUGCGGGGGAUUUUGCUUUUCCUGGCCACAGGAAGAUCUGCGUGCUGGAAACAGACUAUGAGCACUAUACCAUCCUGAAGUUGUCCCUGCUGUGGCAGGGCAGAAACUUCCAUGUGCUCAAGUACUUCACUCGAAGCCUUGAGAUUGAGGAUGAGCCCGGCUUCUGGAGGUUUCGGGAAAUGACAGCAGACCAAGGCCAUUACAUGCUGGCCCGACAUGGGAGGUGUGCUGAGCUCUUGAAAGAGGGAAUGGUCUGA